UAAUAGCAAACAGCGCAAAGACGCCGCUUCGCAGGUGGCUGCGGGCGCAUCGGAUGCAGCGGAGCGCAUCUGCCCGGCAGAAGAACACCUUUCGCCCUCGUUUCGCCUGGACGUAAGCAGCGGUGUCUCUUUAAGAAGGUGCUUUAAUAAGAGAUGAAUUUCACGUUGACUGCAUGACAUCACCACUGUAUCUUUCCAAGGGAGAAGGAUCUAGACAGAGGCGUGUAGCCUAAGCGCACCGUUUUAACCGGGCAUGGUCCUCGGCUGAGUAUUUCCUCGUUUCCUCGCGUCGCUGCAGGUCACUAUGAUCUACGGACCCACCUACGACCUUGCGUGAACGCCGUCGUUAAAUGAAACAAGGCAAUUCAUUACAAAUGGAGACAUUUGUUGUUUUUUAGAGGGAAUCGGGGGCGAUCGGCUGUUUUCAGAAAAUUGUACCAUUUCCCGUCCUGCUUAGAAAUUAGAGAAAGCGAUUAGUGAGCAGCCGGACCGCGAGCGAUACCUAUUGUCGAUAGAUAGGUCUCGUAAAAACCAAAUUUUGGAUUCCGGCUACCUUAAGUUGUAAAAAAAAAUAUUGAUUUAUUCUUAGGCCUGCAUCUCACUGUUUACGGAUACUGCAAGGAAAUUCAGGUUUCAAAUGGUUGUCUACGAAGAGGAGCACUUGCGUGUGGAUUUUCCACAUCUCAGUUCAGUUUAGACAAGCUGCAUAGGAAGGGCUCCAGAAUUGAUGGGAAGCGGGGUGUGAGAUAAGCAUCCUUUAAGUCGCCCGGCAGCCGCGCAGCCGCCGUUGCUCUCACUGAGACCCAGCCUACGGCUCACAACGUAUAUGAACUUGGCUGGCAUGUUCAGCCCAUCGGUGCUGGCUGUAGGUUGCGCUCGGUCAGAGGACUGAAGGGGGUGUCUGAGCGGGCUGCACGCAGGGGAGCUGUCCGCGCUUCCGUGGUGCUGAUGCGGCUCUGAAAGAAGCGAGCAUGGCUGCCGGGAAGCUGCUGCUGUACGCCGGCCUGUCCCUAUCGCUGUGCGCCCUGGGUAUGCUGGCCGUGGCGAUCUGCUCCAACCACUGGUACGAGACGGACGCCCGGAGAUACAAGGAGCGCUGCAGAAGUUUCUCCAACCGGAGGAACGACCCGGGCUUUAUUUACAUUCCCAACAACAGCCUCCCGCUUCGAGCGAGUAGAUCCAGGCUGGAUCGCUGGGAGGAGAAGCUCCUGCUCACCCGCAAUCGGAGGCAGCUGUUCGCCAUGAGCGCGGCAGACGAGUGCAGCCGGCAGUACAACUCCACUAACAUGGGGCUGUGGAGCAAAUGUCACCGGCAGGGCUUCGAUCAGGACAUCGAGGACCUCAUUCGUAAAGGUUCCAUCACAAGAUGCUCCUUCAUCAAGUACCAUUAUUCCUCGGCCACUAUUCCAAGAAACCUCUCCUACAACAUCACCAAGACCAUCCGUCAGGAUGAGUGGCACGCCCUGCACCUGAGGCGCAUGACUGCUGGCUUCAUGGGGAUGGCGGUGGCAAUCAUCCUCUUCGGCUGGAUCAUCGGGGUGCUCGGCUGCUGUUGGGACCGUGGCCUCAUGCAGUACGUGGCCGGCCUGCUCUUCCUCAUGGGAGGUACCUUCUGCAUCAUCUCCCUGUGCACCUGCGUGGCCGGCAUUAACUUCGAGCUCUCACGCUACCCCCGCUACCUGUACGGGCUGCCCGAUGACAUCGCCCACGGUUACGGCUGGUCCAUGUUUUGUGCCUGGGGUGGUCUGGGCCUCACGCUCAUCGCUGGCUUCUUCUGCACGCUGGCGCCGUCCGUGCAGCCCCCACCUUCCCGUUCCGUGUGCCCCAAGACGCGGCCGGAGAACGGCACCGUGUGCUAAGGGCCGCAUAUCGCCGCCCGCGGAAACCGCCGACUCGGUAACCAGGACAAAUCAACAAAGCCUGCUACACGUUUAGAAUUAUUCCCAAUCUAUCUCGGCUAAAGACUACGGUAUUUUUAAUGUGUGUGUGUCUAACGAAUUUGAGACCCUGAUAGGGUCUUUCACAAAGACCGACCUUCUGUGUCGAAUGUCACAAACGGCCAGGAAGCGUGGCACGGCACGACGGUGCCCAUCCGCUCGCCGGUGAGGUCCCCGCCCACCCCAUGCCCAGUUUGAUGGGUGGUGGGAUGCGAACGGAAGGGCAAUUCUGGCUGGUGGUAUGGGGGGGUGCUGUUUUAACAGACACACCACCCAUCGAAACGACAGACCUCCCCAGCGAUUAUGUCAACAUAGCCCCUGAAGCUGCAGGUCCAGCAAGACGCCUGACGUCAGGACCGACCACCGCAGCGAGCAAAAACACUCUGAGCAUUCGGAAGUUUGGUGGGUUUUCCUCGGAUUGCGGUGAAGGACCAUGGAGACCCAGAAUGAGAAAGGCGGCAGCUGGAACAGGUAACCACACUGAGCGUUGGAAAGCAGCGUACGUCAUGUGAAUCGGAAAACUGCGGAGCAGAGGGGUGACCCGACUUGUACAAAAAUGUAAAGAGUCUCCAGCAGGAUCAAAACUGAAAUCCCAUAUUUGAACGUUUUCAUGUCUGAGGUUCAUCCCCUUCCGGGCCUGGGGGCUCCCCUUUCCUUGUUAGGUUACUCUCGUUUGUUUUCUAAGGGAAGGCACACAUGCGCGAGGUCUCCGAACACUGCGUGAACUCCAUUCCACCUUGUCAUAGCAGUAAGUACCUGUGGGUGUUUUACAAUUUCUGUAGAAAAAAAAAGUAUUGUAAAAAUAACAAUAUAACAAUUAAAAAAAAAAAAAAAGAUCAAGAGCUGCCCAAGGAGAAAAUGU